AUGCUCCCCAACUACAACAACCACUGGCAAGAAGCCAGACAUAGAAACACUAAUCGUCAACCAAACCAAUAUCACGUACCCUACAACGGCCCUGUCUUCCAUCGCCCUCUACCACCUACCAAUCGCCGACCACCAACCAACCCAUCCAGUUAUAUCCCACCCCAUCGCCGACCUACCUACAACACCUACCAAUCAAGAGGUAACCAUCGACCUGACCAACAACAGAAACGACUACCAGCCCACCGACGCCAACCAGUCCCCACUCAUAAGGAGGAAGAACCCUUUGUGAAGGCGUUCUUCCAAGUUUUGCAGUGCCUCCAUCAUUUGGCAAUCUUUACCCUUCAACAGCAAGGCCAACCAGCGUUUACCUUCAAACGCAAAGUCUCUGAGUUGGAUAGUUUUAUCCGUCCAGCAAUGAAAACAUCAGCUGUUGACGCGAAUAUUAGAUCCCUCAAUCGGACAUGGCUCUCUAAGGUUACGCAGGUCCUGAUCGACCAUUACCAAACCACACUUCAAGAGAAGCUGACCACCAUUCGUACCAAGUCUUUAUCAUCACCUGCCGUCGACCGCAUCGUUUCUCAUGCCUUGUCCUGGGCCCGUCGCUCCUAUGGGAAACGUCUCGCUCAAGCUGUAAUCACCAAGUUCUACCAAACAAUCAACGAAACAAAAACCAGAGUAACCAUAUCUCUACCACCUGAAAUGGACACUACAUCUGCACCAUCUAUUGGAUCAUCUAACCUGAAUCGAAUUACCAAAACCAGUUCAGACACUGAAAUACAUUCUUAUCCCGGUUCCCAAAUCCAUCACAUACGGUCAAUCCUGGAAUCAUACGACCAUGAUCCCAAACCUACUACCAUUAUUCUUCAUGGUUGGUAUUAUUUAUAUCAUUACGAUAAAGAAAUGAUUGAAGAAGAAUGGUAUGAAACUACUAGAAUGGUUCCGAAACACACCGAAAAAGAAAACGUAGAAAAAGUUUACUCACAUACUCACCCUUUUAUAAGAUAUUUUAUCAGACAAAGUAUUAAAGGAGGAAGAGUUUCGGCAAAUCGAAAAUCAUUUGAAACGAAUAAAAAUGGAUGA